AUGAACCACAACAUAACGCUGGAUCCAGAUGAAACUUUCCAUAUCGCCACGAUCUCCUCUCUCAAUCAUCACUUUCAGUAUGCCGUCCUCUGGAUGAAGGAAACCCUCAGGAAACUCAACGAGGGGGAAGAAGCUGUCGUUACUAAAGAACAGGUUAUUUAUCAGCUUGCAUCAUUGUCUCAUCAGCUGGCAGUGAUUCAGCUGUCAAGUGGGCAAGGGAUAGUGGAAAUGACCACACCACAAAGAGAGAGAAAGCUGGUGUGCAGGUACAGGACAGGAAGAGGAAACCCGCUGAUGGUAUUCAGAGAGGAAGUGGAGUGGGACGAGCCUAUGAUCCUACGAUACCAUGACUUUCUCUCUGAAGGAGAGAUCGACACCAUCAAAACACUGGCCAGGCCUAAGCUUUCCAGAGCUAAAGUCAUAGAUCCAGUGUCUGGAAGAACAGUUUCUGCUGCCUCUCGUGUGUCAAAAAGUGCGUGGCUCUCUGAAGAUGAAGAUCCCGUGAUCUCUCAGCUCAACCAGAGGAUCGCUGGUGUCUCUGGUCUAGAGCUGGAGACCGCAGAGGAGCUCCAGAUCGCAAAUUAUGGAAUUGGAGGCCAGUAUGAGCCACAUUAUGACUCAAAGCUGACAAAUGACUCAGACUUUCAGCUCAGAGGAGGCCGGAUUGCUACUGUCCUUAUCUAUAUGAGUGAUGUGGACAUUGGUGGGGCCACGGUGUUCCCUGACGUUGGCGCAGCACUUCAGCCAAAGAAAGGUACAGCAGUGUUGUGGUUUAACCUGCUGAGAAAUGGAAGUGAGGAUGCCAGAACUUUACAUGCAGCAUGUCCUGUGUUAGUAGGCAGUAAAUGGGUUGCCAACAAGUGGAUUCGUACGUACGGGCAAGAGUUCAGAAGAAGGUGCUCUACUGUCAAAUCUGAUUAGAAGAGCAACACAGAAACAGCCACGAUCCAAGCAAUGACACACAGUUCAGAGACUAUGUGAUGUCAUGGCGGAAAUGGAUUCACACUGACUGAAGUGUUUUAUUACUUUAUUUUAUAAUUUUUUUUUUUUUGGUGCUAUGUUUUUCCUACAUUUAUCUGCUUUAUAGUGGGUUGUGACAUUACAGCAGAAAUCAAGGUUUUUAAGAAUUUAACUUCCUAUCAGUUAAUUCCCCCAACUAUACCCCUGUUAAUUAAUCAAGUAUUUUAAUUAAAAUAUAUACAUUUAGUAACCAUAUGGGAAAAUAAAUUAAACAAAUAAAUAAA